AUGUCCGCUAACCCCGCUGAAGAAGCCACUCUUAAGGACUUGAGCAUCAGCUCUUUGAGUAGGCGCAUCCUCUGGAAUUGUACACUACUUCUGACCUUCUCAAUUCCUAUCAAGCAGCUCCUCGACCAGAGCCAACCAUACAAAGUCAUCCUCGGUGCGCGCAACAUACAAAGAGCGCAAAAGUCAUACGAUGAGCUUAACUAUGACCGCUCUGCUAGCGGCGUCACUAUUCUUCCGCUCGAAUUGAACGACCUCAAGGGUGUCAAGUCGUUCGCUGACCAGACCCUUGAGAAACUUGGCCAAGGAAAGAUUGAUUACUUGUUGCUCAAUGCAGGGUUAGGCGGUGUCAGCGCCGAUGAGCCGGGACCUAACGGAUCAAAGUGGUGUGAGCCGCAUGUCGUGAACCAUCUCUCGCAGUAUUAUCUUGUGCAUCUCUUGAGGGAGAAGCUGGUCGAGUCCAAGUCUAGAAUUGUCUUUGUAUCUUCUGGUGCUGUGCGCAGGGUUUCUGAUCCUAGCAAGCUUGAUGAAGAACUCAAGGCAGGCUCUGGAGCGGAUGCUGGUACGACUUAUUGCAACACCAAGUUUACCGGUCUUCUCGGCGCACAUUGGUGGCGUCGCCAACUAGCCGAUACUAACGAUGUUGUUGCCGUGUCGCCUGGUCUUAUUCCCGGCACGGGCCUGGCGAAGAAGAUGGGUAUUCAGAGUAGCAUGCCUGAUGCCAAGUCUAUCCCUGAAGGUGCCUCAAGCGUGCUUGCUGCUCUCACACGAAGUGACUUUCCUGAGGAUCGCGAUCGCAUUUUCUUGACUAGUUGGGGUGAGUGGUGGGAGAAGGCCAUGAUUGAAAAGUCUACGGAUAAGGCGCUGCAGGAUAAGUGGUGUCCCAGCAAGGAGGAGAUUGAGAGAGAUGCUGGGAUUUCCACGUAA